CCCACAGUUUUGCACCAGCCUACCACACAGAGAGAGGGGUUAAAGAUCAAGAUGCAGAUUCACAGCUUCACGCCCACCGUUUUCCUCCAAGCGACUUUCUUCGCCGUCUUGCAUGGUGCCAAAUGGACGUACAAUGGACCAGAGGGACAGCACCAUUGGCCCAAGCAUUAUCCUUUUUGUGGCGGGGCAUUCCAGUCUCCAAUAGACAUCAGGUCAGAGCUGCUACGCUUUGACCCCACUUUACAGGCAAUUGAGGUUCGGAACUACAACCUGUCAGCCACUGAGCAGCUCACGCUCGGAAACAAUGGACACUCUUUGCAAAUAUCACUGCCCUCCAAGAUGCACAUCUCCAACUUGCCCCAUCGCUACACUGCAGCUCAACUUCAUUUCCACUGGGGCUCCUCCAACAGGCCCGCUGGCUCUGAACACAUGGUGAACAGUAGGCAGUUUGCAGCAGAGAUGCAUGUCGUGCACUUCAAUUCGGACAAGUACCCCAACAUUUCCAUGGCUGUCGACAAAUCUGACGGGCUGGCAGUGCUGGGGGUUUUGAUAGAGGUUGGGGAGUUCAAUCCAGCCUUCGAACACUUUCUGAGAUUCAUCAAUGGCAUCAAAUACAGGGAUCAGAGAGUGCAGGUGCCAGGCUUCAACAUCAGAGCGCUACUGCCUGCACGUCUGGAUGAGUAUUACCGCUACGAUGGGUCAUUAACAACUCCUCCGUGCUAUCCCAGUGUGCUGUGGACAUUGUUCAGGAAUCCUGUGACAAUUUCCCGCAAACAGUUUAUGACCUUAGCAACUGCAAUCUACUCCUCCCAUGCCCAGGAGUCAGUCCCUGUGCCUAUGAAUGGCAACUACAGGAAACCACAGCUCCCUGACAGCCGAUUAGUCCUGGUAUCUUUUAAGGAGGCUGACCUGUCUUGGAUGAACCUUGGUAUACUGGUUUCCAUAGUGACGGCCUCUGCACUGGGACUUGUUCUCAUUGUCUGUUUAAUAUGCUGUCUAUUAAAACAAAAAAGAUCUGCUGCCAACCAGGACAAGAGUAAAGGUGUCGGGUACAACAUUGGAGAGAAAGACGAGUAUGGCUCAAGAGUGUAGCUCGUCACACGUUUGAAAGGAGCCCAAACAGAGGAGAGCCCUUGUAAUGCACCUUCGACGUCCUACCAACACCUAUGUCUUCAUGCAUCGCUCAUAUUGUAUUUGUGUCUCUGAAUUUGUCAUAUGGUCACUUUGCACAUCUUUGAAACCGUGGGGCUUGACUAGAUCAGAAGGUAAAGAUUGCAUGCAGCACUGAUGCUGUGGGAAGAAGGCUAUUUUCCUCCAGCCACAAUCCAGUUCCUUUUCAAUUUGCUGUUGUGGUGGCCAGCGCAUGGUAGGCCUUCACGUUGGAUGUUGAAAAGGGUGUUUUUAUGCUGUAUGACCAUUUCCUUUGAGGUAGAGGAACAGCUGUCUACUCUAAGUUCCCCUCCUUUAUUUGACAUGGUGUGUUGAGUUUCUCAGGACAGCUCCACACUGAAGCUUAUGGUCAAAGUACAGGAGGCCAAAGCUGAACUGCUGAGAGUCUCAGGUCAUGUCUGGCUGUGGCAUCUGUUCCCUUGAGCUUUCCAGACAUGGUGGAAAGCACAACCGCAGUCCAAACAAUAGGGGGAUAGGAGUCGACAGGCAUCCACUGAUGGUAGGGUGGCCUGGGAGGGAUGGGCUACACCACAGCUUUACCAACCCUGUACUUAGAGCUGCUCUAUGGAUUUUAAAAUAAAAGGGCGCUUAGCUCCAUACAAACACAGAAGCACUCAGUUUCUUCCCUGUGAAUAAUGCUGAGAAAAAAGGCUUUUGUCUCUUCAGAUUGCACGUGGGCUGACCCCUAACCCUUCGCUGCUGGUCCGAUCACAAGACUAACUCCCCAGCACUCCUGUGAGCCUCUCACUUAGACUGUAGCUGAGGAAGCUGACCACAUGAAAAGAAUGAAUAUGUCACCAUAUCAUCCUCAUGAGUUCACCUGGCUGUCAGGAACCUGCUGUUUAUACAGUUUUUGUGUAUUCAUACAGAUUUCAUGGAUUCCUUUUUUUGAUGUUCCUUGUGACUGCAUGCACAUGGUGUUUUUAAGACCUGACAUAAAUAUUUCAGGCAUAAAAUGAUAAAAAUUUAAAGGCUAUCUGUAAAAAUAAGAAACCCCAAUUAAAUACAAUGUUGGCUGUCUGUCACUGUUAGUUUAUGAGAGGGGAAAACUAGUAGGGAGAAGUACAGGGUGAUUGUUUCCCCACAGUUAAGUCUCAGCUGUGGCAUUCAGUAUUCCACUGCAAAGUGUUAUGUGUCUACCAAUUCCCCAAACCUUAAAACCAUUUGCCUGCUGCUUAGUGGUCUCGCUUCACCAUUGAUAUCUUGUUGCCAUGUAGUGUUACCAAUGUACAGACAACAAAAUCCCAGUAGGCAUGUGUUAAAAAAAUAAUAUGGCCUUGAAAAUUGUAUUUCUGUGGAUUGACUUUUGCUUUGUCAAUUCAGUUAUUUGUGACUUUGUAGUGCAAUUACUGUAUAGUGUUUUUGAAUUGUUACUUUGUGUGAAAUUACUGUAAAUAACCACUACUUUCAUGCAGAACUGAAUAUUAAAGUAUUACAGUGUUUAAAA